GUGACCCCCGUGGGGAGGAUGGCGACGGCCCAGGGGAGGAUGAUGGCCUGCGCCCGCCUCUCCCAGGCCCGCGUCCCAGCAGUCGCCGUGUGGCUCCUGUGCGCGCUCGACCUCCUGGGCACCGAGGCUGGGCCGCCGCCCGCGCCCCCCGGGCUGCCCACGGGAACCCCCUGUCUGGAGCGCUUUACCGCCGGGGUGCCUGCCUUCGUGCUCGAUACCGAGGCCUCGGUCAGCAACGGGGCCACCUUCCUGGGCUCCCCCACCGUGCGCCGCGGUUGGGACUGCGUGCGCGCCUGCUGCACCACCCAGAACUGCAACCUGGCGCUGGUGGAGCUGCAGCCCGACGGCGGGGAGGACGCCAUUGCAGCCUGCUUCCUAAUGAACUGCCUCUACGAGCAGAACUUCGUGUGCAAGUUCGCGCCCAGGGAGGGCUUCAUCAACUACCUCACGCGGGAAGUUUACCAGUCCUACCGCGAGCUACGGACCCAGGGUUUUGGCGCGCCCCGGAUCCCCAAGGUCCGGGCAGGCAUAGACUUGAAGGUGCAGCCCCAGGAACCCUUGGUGCUGAAGGACAUGGAGAACACAGAUUGGUACCUACUACAGGGUGACACGGAUGUCAGAGUAGAGAAGAAUGAGCCGGACCAGGUGAAGCUGUGGGGACUCAAGGAAGGCACCUACGUGUUCCAGCUGACAGCGGCCCAUUCCAACCAGCCAGAGAGCAUGACCAAUGUCACAGUUACUGUGCUAUCCCCCAAGCAGACAGAAGAAUAUUGCCUCGCGUCCAGCAAGGUGGGCCGCUGCCGCGGUUCCUUCCCCCGCUGGUACUACGACCCCAAAGAACAGAUCUGCAAGAGUUUCGUUUACGGAGGUUGCUUGGGCAAUAAGAACAACUAUCUUCGGGAAGAGGAGUGCAAGCUAGCCUGCAGGGAUGUGCAAGGCCCCUCACUGGAAAGGCACGGUCCGGUGUGCUCUGGCACCUGUCACCCCGCCGAGUUCCGCUGCCGCAACGGCUGUUGCAUUGACAGCUUCCUGGAGUGUGACGACACUCCCGACUGCCCCGAUGCCUCCGACGAGGCCACCUGUGAGAAAUACACCAAUGGCUUUGAGGAGCUCCAGAACAUCCACUUCCGCAGUGACAAAGGGCACUGUGUGGACCUGCCAGACACAGGCCUCUGCCAGGAGAACAUUCCACGCUGGUACUACAACCCCUUCAGUGAACGCUGUGCCCGCUUUACCUAUGGUGGCUGUUAUGGCAACAAGAACAACUUUGAGGAGGAGCAGCAGUGUCUUGCGUCCUGUCGCGGUGUCUCCAAGAAGGAUGUUUUUGGGCUCCGGCGGGAAAGCCCCAUUCCUAACAUAGGCUCCGUGGAGGUGGCCAUUGCAGUCCUCCUGGUCACCUGCAUCGUGGUGGUGACAGCCCUAUUGGGUUACUGCUUCUUCAAGGACCAGAGGAAGGGCCUCCACAGAUAUGGCCACCGCCGCCAGCACCACCACCCUCAGCCCCCUACCCCUGCCAACUCUACGGUCUCCACCACAGAGGACACGGAGCACCUGGUCUAUAACCAUACCACCCAGCCCCUCUGAGCCUGGGGCUCUCACAGCCUCUUUCCAGCUCUUGCCUGGCCCUGCUUCCUCCUCACCAAGAUGGAAGCCUGGGCCAGGGAAAACUGCGGGACCAGACUCCUACAGCCUGGUUCCCAGGCCCACUCUGCUUCUGAGGCAGGGCUCUAGCCCCUCUGGGAGACAUCUCAAUGAAGCUUAGGCCUCCCAUUCCUGACAAAGCUCCAGGGUCUAGGAGGAGCCGAAAACCUUUGAGCCGAGUCCCACACACAGAUGGACCUGUUUGCCUAGGAUUUCAGAAGAAGUUGGAGUUUUGUUUCUUGGUCACAGUGGCCUGUCCCCACCCUGUGGCAUUGGGAAGGGGCCUGUGGUAAUGUCAGAAACUGGAGGUCCCCCAAGCCCUCCCCUUCCCACUCUGCACAGA